AUGGAAACCCUAGCGGGGCGAGAAGUCACUCUGUUGGAGCGGUUGCAUAUGAAACGUCUGGUGAGUUCUACUUUGAUUAUGAAAGAAUCGACUUUGCCUAAUUCUCUCUCCUGGUCGGAAUCUAGUAUGGAUUCUACCAUGAAUCCUUCUGUCCUGGAAACCACUGCAUCUGUGGCACCCUUUCCUAAAAAAAUUAUGCAAACUGAGCCUGACAAUAGCAAACCUAUGACUUCUUCUACUAGGGUUGACUUGAGGUGUUUGUGUUCUAAAAGGAAAGUUAGGGUAGAGAAGAUUCUUUCUUUGGAGGGAGUGAUGAGUCACCUUGACCAAGUAAUCAACUUAUCACCCCCAAAAAAAAUAUCCACUCGCGGUAGUGAUACAAAAGGUCGUGGCCAGUUUCAAUGUCCUUUUGCUAUUACCUCUAUCCCAAAAGGCCAUGAGCUUGCGAAUUCUUCCGACGAAGAAAGCAUUGAUAGGGCCCGCUCUUGUUUGAUGGUGGGAAUCCACCCGUUGAACGAGGUUUCCUGCCACACUCGGCAGCGGGCUAAUAUUCUUGUUGGACAACAAUCGAAGUUUGAAGAAGCAUUUUGA